AUGGGGGACUUUGUCGUUUACGCAGUGUGCAUUUCUGUCUUCUUCGCUGUCCUUCUGAACUUCGACUGCCGCGACGGGACCAAAUUCCCCUGCAUGUUCGCUUCAGACCGAGACGGCAAGCGCGAACCCAACUUUGUGUACUCAAGUGAUGUCGACACCUUCGUAAACCGAAGCAGCGUGGAAGUGUGCGUGGAGGACAUUGUCAACUUCGUCAACAAGCGCCGCAUGGGUCCAGAUGGCGUCAUCGGGACGAAUGAUGACGCUUUGAACCUAGAGCAGCAGGUGGCGAUGCUCUCUGCGAUGCUUGAAGCAAACUUCCACGGCGGCUUCUGGGCAAGCAGCCCGUGGACCUACAAGUACCACGACGGCGCGGCGACGCUGGCAAAGCUGCUCUACGCGGACGGCGACGAGUACCUGAUGGUGUCUGGCUCGAGGACGGGCUACACGGGGAUGAUCAACGACCCCUACAUCACCAAGUCGUUCUUUGCAGUUGAGGGCGCCCUCCGCCUGCAGCGCCGCGCUCCGCACCGCGCCAUCCUUGUGGCGCCGCUCCUCAGCCAGCGCGGUGUAGAGGCCCGCGUCGAACCCCUCAGCACAGAAGGCGAGCUGUGGAGAAGUGGAUUCCGAGUCAAAAAGGGCCGGAAAGUGGUCUUCAGCUCCGAGACGGCCUCAGACGGCGCGAUGGUGCUCGAGUACGGCUACGGCUCCGUGCCGUCUGCCGCCCUGUGGUCGUUCGUCCUUCCGCCGUUGACAAAUGCCUGGGACUGGCGAACGAGCUUUACGUACGCGAGGCUGCUGGGCGAGUCUUUCUACCGAAACUCCAUUCUGCCGGUCAUCGCGUUGCUUCUCGACAAGGAGGAAGCGUGGCAGGCUCGCAUGAACUUCUCCAACCGCGUCUACAGCGAAGAAAGUUACGAGACGGAUGCGGAGCGAGAGGAGGCGGAGACGGGAGAAGACACAGCGACUGCGGAGUGGCGGCGCGACCCGGAAGCAGAGGAGGGAGCGAAGGCGCCGGAAACGCCUAGGGCAGACGCAGGCAUCGCGAAGGGCAAGUCGACGCCCCCACCCAAAGCUCAAGAGACUCAGAAAGGCGACGCAGCCCCGAGUGAGGAGGAGGACGUUGAAGAGGAAGAAGACGACGAACCUCUCGAGCGACACGACGAAUUGUAG